UAUCAUGGAUCUAGUCAGACCAUUAUCUGUGUUAGUUCCUAUAAAAAAGAGACCCAAAAUUGCUCAUGUUCCCUCUUCAUUCUGUCGUUAUGAAGUGAAAUUUAAAGAGUUAGUCCUGUUCCUUGUGGAGAGGAAGAUGGGGACAAGCAGGAGGAAUUUUCUGAUGGAACUUGGAAGGAAAAAAGGAUUCCAAAUUGAAAACGAACUAAGAGAUUCUGUCACUCACAUUGUGGCUGAGAACAAUUCUGGGGAUGAAGUGCUGGAGUGGAUACAGUCUAAAAAGCUGUCAGAGUCAAUUACAUGUCACAUUCUGGAUAUAUCUUGGUUUACAGAAUGCAUGGGAGCUGGAUAUCCCAUAAAAAUAGAAAGCAGGCACCAACUUAAGGUACAAGAAAAUUGUUCUGCCAGUUUCAAUAUGCCACUCUCUUCAUCAUGUGUCCGCGUGCUUCAAUACGCGUGUCAGAGACGUACAUCACUACAAGUCAUCAACAGAAUAUUCACGGAUGCUUUUGAUAUUUUGGCAGAAAAUUAUGAGUUUUUACAAAAUAAAGGACCUCGUGUGGCAUUUCUAAGAGCAUCUUCUGUACUAAAAUCACUUCAGAUCCCUAUACUAACAAUGAAGGACUUGGAAGGCCUGCCCCUUUUGGUGGAUGAGAUGAAAUAUAUAAUUGAGGAGAUCCUUGAAGAUGGGAAAUGUCAAAGAGUUGUAGAAGUGAUGAAUUCAGAGAGAUAUAAAUCAUUCAAGAUUUUUACAUCUAUCUUUGGAGUGGGCUUGAUGACUGCAGAAAAGUGGUACAGAAUGGGUCUUCGCACUUUGGAAGAUAUAAAGAAUGCCAAGGAUCUGAAGCUGACAAGCAUGCAGAAGCAUGGAUUGCUUUACUAUGAGGACAUAGCUGACUAUGUAUCAAAGAUGGAAGCAGAUGCCAUUGAGAACCUUGUAAAGAACAUUAUUUGGGGAUUUGUACCAGAUGCCAUUGUGACCGUCACUGGGGGCUUCAGAAGGGGUAAGAAUGUGGGUCAUGAUGUGGAUAUCUUAAUUACAUGUCCCAGGAAUGGAGCUGAAAAACAUAUUUUGCACAAUACCAUAAAUGUGCUGAAAAAUAAGGGGCAGAUUUUUUUCUAUAACGUUAUUGAGUCAACAUUUAAUGAAACAAAACGUCCCAGUCGGAACAUUGACGCACUUGAUCACUAUCAAAAGUGUUUUUUAAUACUAAAACUUCUGAAAAAAGAUGUUGAAAUUGAAAAUAAAUGCAGUGGCCACUGGCAAGAGCCUACUGAACCUGACCUCCGGAUGUGGAAGGCAGUAAGGGUGGACUUAGUGGUAACACCGUAUGAACAAUAUGCCUUUGCAAUUCUCGGCUGGACAGGCUCCACGCAAUUCGAACGAGAUUUGCGGAGAUAUGCAACCCAUGAGAAAAAGAUGAUACUGGAUAAUCACGCACUGUUCGAUAAAACCAAGAACAUUUUUCUUGAAGCCAAAACUGAAGAAGACAUCUUUACUCACCUUGGCCUGAAUUAUCUGGAACCAUGGGAAAGGAAUGCAUAAAUACAAGAUUGCAUUAUUGGAACUGUCCAUGUUUGGUUUCUGACUAAAGAUUAUUUUAUGAAUUCUA